AUGAAACUAGAAUUUUAUUUUCCAAUUUUAAUAGGAUGUACUUAUCAAGAAAGUUCUGAUACAUUAAGUGAAGAAGUAAAUGUUAUAGAAAAUACCCAAUCAGAUAUAUAUAACAAAUAUGCAGAUACUCUAAUAAAUAUUCAUUAUAAUAAUAAAGAGUUUAUUGAAUUAAAAAUGUUAAUUGAUGAACACAAAGAAAAUGUUGAAGAAUUUUUUAAAUCUAUCAAUCAAAGAUUUAAAGGAAAUAAAUUAGAAAAUGAUGUUGAGAUUUCUGAAAAAGGUUUAAUUUUGAUUUAUAGGAAUUUUAUUUGUAAUCGUUUGGAGACUAGAUCUAAUUAUAGGCUUUUUUUACACUUAUUUAAGACUAUUAUAGAAAUUUCUAUAAAAAAGGUGGAAAAACAAUUCUUAAAACUUAUUAAAAUCAAUGAAAAGGUAGAUAUGAAAGUAUUUUUAAAUAAUGUUAUAGUGAAAAUAAUGGAACAUGAAAGAAUAUUACCUUAUUUAUUAGAUUUAAAGAAUUUAUUUCAAGAUUUAACAAUUAUUAAUAUGUUUAAUGAAUGUGAUGAAGAUUUGGUAUUUGUUUAUGAUUUAAUACGUCAUUCUUUUGAAAAUAAGGUAGAAGAACAUCAAGAUGUUGUGUCUCAUAAUAAUAUUAAAAGAUCAAUCAUAUCAAAAUAUUCAGAAAUAAAUCCUGAUAUUGCAGUUGCAUUAGCUAAUUUAAUUUAUGAUUCUUUCAUUGCGUUUAAAAAUGUUUUAUUGUGUUAUGAAAGUUAUGACGAACGUCAGAAAAUAAUAAUGAAAAGAUGUAUUGAAGCUGAUAAAUUGCUCACAAGUUAUAAAUUAUUAAAAAAUGUUACAAAGGAUGAAGAAAAGAAAUUCAUAACAUUUACUGAAGGAUUAAAAGCUCUUUUUGAAAAAAAAGAAGUAGAUUUUCUUUUUAGGAAUUAUUCUUUAGAAGAAAAUAAUUAA